AUGGGGGGCCCCCCUGGGCCGGGCUGGCUGGGGGCCCUUGCGGGUCUCCCUCGUACCCUAUUAAAGAGUUUCAUUGUUCAUUUCGAGCCCACGCUGAGGGGCCCCCAGGGGGCCCCCUGGGGGCCCCCAGGGGGCCCCCCCUUCCCCUCUCUGACUCUCCGGGAGACCCUUGAACUUGCUCGUUACCGGUGGCGGCAGUGGGUAGCACCCCGAGGGGCCCCAGGGGGCCCCCCAGGCCCCGCGACGGGGCUUUCCGGGGGGCCCUCAGGGGGCCCCUCAGGGGCCCCCCAAGGGGGGCCCCCAGGGGAGCCUCCAGGGGCCCCGGGAGAAGCAGGGGCCCCCCAUGGGGGGCCCCCCUACAGGCCCCCUGCCAUCUGGCCCAGCCGGCUUUGUCUCCCCGAGGGGCCCCCCCCUCCUGAGGCAGCAGAUAUCCCCGAGGGCCUCCUGAGGGUACAGGCCCUGGGCCACGGGACCUUCUUGCUGCAGACUCGGGGGGCCCCCGGAGGCAUUGGGGGCCCCCUCAACAUCCUCACGGACCCCUUCUUCUCACGGCGAGCCGGGCCUUGGGGGCGAAUCGGGGUGCGCCGCAUUUGUCCUGCUGCUGUUUCUGUCUCCUCUUUGCCCCCCAUUGACUUUGUGCUGCUGACUUCUGCUGCUUACGACGCAAUGGACUUGGGGGCCCUGCAGCAGCUGCAGCAGCAGUUUAGCUGUACCCUUGUGGGGCCCCAGGGGACUGUGGGGCCCCUCUACCUGCCCCCCAAGCUGCGGGCCUUUGGCUAUCCGCUGCAGUGGCGGGGGGCCCCCCUGCGGCUGGGGGGUGCUGCCUUUUUGCUGCUGCCAGCAGCAGCAGCAGCAGCAGCAAGGUGGGGCCCCGACAAAGGCGUUGCGGGCUGGGGGUCCUUCUGUACCCUUUUGGGGGCCCACCAGGUCUUCGUCAGUGGCCGCCAGGGCUUCAGCCCGGAGCUGCUUGCUGCUGCUGCUGCUGCAGCGCAGCAGCAGCGCCUCGACGAGCUGCUGCUGCAGCAGCAGUCCCGCAUCAGAGACAAGUACGAAGCUCUUUGGGGACCUUUAGAAGCAGACGAUCCCACUCCCCAAGCAAGAGAAAUGGCGCAGGAGCUCGCUGCAGCAAGACACGAGACACUUUCGCAGCAGCAGCAGCAGCAGCAGCAGCAGCAGCAGCAGGGGCUGGACCUCGCGCUGCUCCCCAUAGGGGGCUACGAGCCCACCCCUUUGCUGCAGCGAUUCAACAUGACGCCUGAGGAGACUGUGCAAGCCCACCAGCUGCUGGGCUCCCGAGUCACUGUGGCCUCCUGCUUCGAUGUGCUGCCUCUUGGGGGAGAACCUUACGGGGAGGCGCCGCUGAGAGCUGAGGCUGCAUGCGCAAAGCUAGGAGUACCCUUCAACCCGCACUUGGGGGCCCCAGUUGAAGGGUCAGAGGGGCCCCCGGGGGGCCCCCCUCAGGGGGUCCCUCAGGGGGCCCCUCAGGGGGCCCCUCAGGGGUCCCCUCAGGGGCCCCCUGAGGGCUGUUCGGGCCCUCUCCGGCCCUCCAGGGCCCCCCCGGGCUUCUACUGUUUACAGCCAGGAGAGGCCAUUUACGUGUAG